AUGGAGCAACUAAGACCAGUACCUACGGCAAACCACUCCAUAUCAAAAACAUUUGUACAACCAGAUCUUAAAAAAUGUACUCAUGUUAAUCUGCGUGAUGACACUGUUCGACCACCUCUCAAAGCAACUUACGAUGGACCAUUUAAGGUAACCGAUCGCGACGAUAAGCUUAUGAACAUUCUACGGAAAGACAAACCAGUACGUGUAAGUAUAGAUCGGGUCAAAGCUGCCUAUCUCUGUGAUGACGAGCAAGAAACAAAUCAACAUCAGAUAGCACGACAUGCUUGUACUGAUCAAAAAGCAGACGAAAAUAACCAGAAGCAACAUACAAAAAGAACUCAAACAUCGUCUAGCGGCAGGCGAAUUCGGUUGCCAGUUCGAUUUGCGGAGAAUGUUUAA